UUUGAAUUCAUAAUGAAUCGAAGUCAUUCUCCAAUACCAAGACCACUUUCAAAUAUAUCCAACAGAAAACUUACAUCUACUAAUUUCUAGAUUAAAUAAACUGACAAUUUCUCAAAAUCUUUUGCUCCAAAUUCAGUCAUAUUUCCACAUUAAUUUGAGAAUACCAAAUCAACCAUUUAAGAAGUCAAAACUAUUAAAAACAACAUCAUUACUCCAAAAAGUAGCAUUACUUCAUAUAACACUUCUCAAAGACUUAGUUCAUCAAUUGAUGAUAUAAACAAGCCAAAAACAUUGAAGAAGAAAUUGAAUAAUCAAUAAAAAACUAAAUUUUUAUUGUUUAAGAUACUUGUCUUUCUAUCUAUAAUUGCAGUUGCCCUUUUACUUUACUAACUAUAAGAAAAUCUUUUUUAGUCAUCCAAAUCAUAAUAAAUUAAUGGAGAACUUAAAUAUGUUAAGGAAAAAAUGAUAGCAGAUAGCGUUUCCAAUUCUAUUAUUCAAACUGUUGUGUUUGAACGUAAAAAACUCAAUUUAUAAAAAGAGAAGAACGAUGUUAAAUCUUUUUAUUAAGAUGAAUUCUCAUCUAAUUUAUGGAAAAUGGUAUAUAAAUUACUUAUUCUCAAUAGGUUUUAGAAAAUGUUAAUAGAGACUUAAGAAUAAGAGUCGAAAAAUAAGACAAUGAAGAAUUUUGGACUAUUUGA